AGGCCCUUUUUUUUUUCAUUAACCUAUUCCUAAGGUAUUAUGCAAGAGGAGAUGCUGAAAAUGCAAUGCGAUACAUCAAUGGAACCAGACUUGAUGAUAGGAUCAUAAGGACAGACUGGGAUGCAGGAUUUAAGGAGGGUAGACAGUAUGGUCGUGGAAGAUCAGGGGGCCAGGUCCGAGAUGAAUAUCGUCAAGACUAUGAUGCUGGAAGAGGUGGCUAUGGCAAAACUGUUCAAUGCCAGUGAAUAGUGAAUGACUCAUCAGCCUCACAGGAGAACUAAAUCUGCAUUGUAAAUGUCACCAGGCACAAAGUAGGUCUGUUGCACACAAAUUUAUGUCGCUAGAAAUUCACAGAAACUACUAUCUGAGUUUCUGUGAUCACAUAGUAUAUUCAGUAUCUCUUCCAUUUUAAUACCAGGAUCCAAAGCAUUGCAGAGUACAUUUCUACAGAGGACCUCGGAGCAAGUUUUUAAGCAAUAGUGUGUCUGAGGCUUUGAUCUCUUAAAUGCUGCUGUAACUCUACUAAAAGGAACGAAGGUUUAACAGUAUGGUGCUUUUUUUCCACUGGCAAAACUUGAUUAUUCUGUCACUGGGUUUUGUUUACACUGGUAUCACAGGGUGGA